ACUGGUGGUUUCAACCCUUCUCAGAAAGCGCCUCCUCUUCUACCGAGACCACCAUUCCCUCCUGCGUCUCAUCACGCUCACAGCUCAUCCUCUCCAUCCAGUAGCAGCGCCUCUCAACCGUUUGAUGCUAACGCACCUCAUCAGACGAUGCAGGGCACUCAAGAAGAGUGUGUACAGUACACGGAGCCAUCUCAACAAGAGCCAAUACCAAUGGAUAUUGAAGAGUCACCAAUGAAUGAAGAUGAAAAUGAGCACUUGAGACAGCAGCAGUCCAAUUCAUCAGAUACUCAAUCGCAACCACAAAAAUCAUCGACGGCGACUGCUGUUGGAUCACAUCCGGAAAUAUUGUCAUCAAGCAGUGCUCAUCACUUGAAAAGUCAUCACGAUGGUAAUAGAGCGGCGGCGCAUCAAUCACAUUCGUCUCAUGAAAAGCAUUCAGCUGCAAGUGGGCAUGGAAACCGUCGUUCAAUAGAUGAAUUGGCACGAUCCCGUCGACGAACGACGAAAACUGAAGACGUUACGAACGGUGGUUAUCGACCAACGCCAAUCUCUGAUCUGCCACCGCGCUCCGAUGCUUUGCUCGGCAUACCGGUCAUACAGUUUGAGCGCGAUCCGUCUGUGACCGGUAUCCUGAAACGACGUCACGCUAUUGCUCAGCAGCAGCACGCCUCAUCCACUUCACUGUCGUCCGAUUCUCCAGGAACCCCGAAUACUCAGCUAGUCGAUGAGAGACUGAAUGCGGAAAAUUCAUCUCGGCAGCUAACUUCUACGCCGCCGCAGCCUUCAAGUUCAACAACCAAAGAACCACUAGCGGCUUCAAGUCACCACCACUCAACACACGAUUCAUCUAUCGUUCAGAAAUCGCAAACUGGAGGAGCUGAUGGAAGCAUCCCGACAACAUCGGCAUCAACAUUGAGUAGUGCACUGCCAUCAUCGUCAUCGACGGGUUAG